UCAUGCAACCCUUGUUGCUCGUCUGUUUUAUUGCAAUAUGAAUGUAUUUAUGUGGUGUGUGUUUGUCUGUUUUUAAUCCCAAACAGUUUUACUGAUUGAAGAAAUAAACCUUGAGGGAAAUGCACCACUGUUGCGUAAUGUAGUAACAUGAGCGUAGGAAUCGUCCCAUUGAUUAUAAUAGUACAUCCGCACUGAUAUUAGAAAAAGGAUGGUUUAAAGUGCACUCAAGAUAUAUAUGUAUUUUGUUCUGUGUUGUUGCUGUUGGUUAUAGUGUAACCAAUUAUUAAGUAUCUAUAACUAUAAGACAUGGAAAUUAUGUUUUCAUGUUUGAACUAUUACAGCCAUAGGCUGAUAACUCCCCUUUCCCAACCAACUGGUUGAUUGCCUUAUUGGAAUAUUGUAUUAUAUACAUGCAGGCUAUAGGCGGUCAUAUAUUAUAGGGCAGCCUGUAAGACCUAAUCUGCAGUCAUGAUGGAAGUUUGGGGAUUUGUUAAGUUGUAAAAUAGACUUUGAUAACAUUCAAUGUUUUAUGAUUACACCUCCCCAAUUGAUUGUUAUAUUUCAUACAAUUUCUGAUUUCUCAACCAACUGGAUGAUUGCAUUACAGCGAUAUUGUAUGGUAAGAUAUGUCCAGGCUAGUCCAAUAGCCUAUUAUAUUAUAGGUCAUGCUAAUGCAUAUGCACUGCAGUCAUGAUGGAGAUCCAUCAUGACUGCAUCAUUAUUUGAUAUAUUGCAUACCAUUAGUUUACAUUUGGAAGUUUUGGGAAACGUUCAGUUGUAAAAUAGACAUAGUUAUUUAAUGUAUUUAACAACUUCCAAAUUGGUCAGCCAGUCAGUUGCAUUCAUUCAAAUGAAUGGUAGCGACAUCUUGAGGCCACUCAGUUGAUUCAUAGGGAUUUCUUCUCACAGUAAUCAGUAAUGUCAAACAGGUCAGAUCGCCGUGGACAAGCAUGCGCACUAUCUUUUCCCAUAAAUCCACUGACUGGGCGACUUCUUACUGCAGGUUUCGGAUGACUACGCCUUUAAGAAAGCGGAACUAUGCGCUGGCUUCUGACGCGAGUUGCCUUGCGCUGAAAAUGUGGGCAGGAAACGCCGAGCAAGAAGGGAGAAGUGAUCACGCUUUUUCAGCACCGUUGCACAAUAUAGGCAAUCAAAUGUGCGUCGUUUUCCGCCGCUUAUAUUAAGGAACGGCCCUUCUUCUCGCCAUUUGUGGUCUUUGGGCGAUACACCGUACCCCCGCGAGCUCGACCGGCGACAGACCGCGUUGGUAUCCGAGCGCCAGGGCUGGUUUCCCGUCCUGCUCGGUUCGACAACAUAGGGGCGGCCAGCGGGUGGGAAAAAGGAUUCGUGGAAAGGACGUGCCUUAUUUCCGACCAGCCAUGAGGGAGUAUAAAGUGGUUGUUUUGGGAUCGGGUGGAGUCGGUAAAUCUGCAUUGACUGUCCAAUUUGUGACGGGGUCCUUCAUCGAGAAAUACGAUCCCACGAUAGAGGAUUUCUACAGAAAGGAGAUAGAAGUCGACUCGUCUCCGUCGGUCUUGGAAAUCCUGGACACUGCGGGGACCGAGCAGUUCGCCUCCAUGCGAGAUCUCUACAUCAAAAACGGGCAGGGUUUUAUUUUGGUCUACAGCCUGGUGAACCAACAGAGUUUCCAAGACAUCAAGCCGAUGAGGGAUCAGAUCAUCCGCGUCAAGAGAUACGAGCGUGUGCCGAUGAUCUUGGUCGGAAACAAGGUAGACUUGGAAGGCGAGCGAGAGGUCUCUUCCGGGGAGGGGAAGGCGCUGGCUCAGGAGUGGAAUUGCCCGUUUAUGGAAACUUCUGCCAAAAAUAAAGGAUCCGUCGAUGAGCUGUUUGCAGAGAUCGUCCGACAGAUGAACUAUUCCACUGUUCCCAGCGGCAGCGACCAGUGCUGCUCUUGUGUGUUGCUCUAAAAGGACACUGUCGGUAGCCAUCUGUGUUGUUAAAGCGUAGGCCUCUGUCGAACCCUAGUUCACAACUUCUUGAUAACCCAUGAUGUGUUUUCUGGUCGCAGGCUUCGCGAGUAUUUUUUCUUUUACACUGUUGUCUUAUUGCACACAAAAGAAAAUUGACGGCAGCAGCAAAAUGAUUAUGUAAAUAGUCUGGAAAGUGUUUACAUGACAAAGUACUUGAAUGUUAACGAUUUUUAUAGCUUUGUAUAUGACACUUCUCUGGAAAUGUGCCUCAAUGGGAAUGUCUUGUGAACCUAGGAGAAACGCUUAAUGUUUUGUUUAUGGACAGUGAUGUUUUUUGAUUUUGAUCUUUGAGUAGAACUGUUAAGUCUUCUUGGGUGGAACCAUUUGUACAGAGAUGGGAUUUUCUUCCCACCUACUCUGGCAGAACUGGGGUUGGUCAUUAUUGGGCGGGGUGGGGGUGCAUCUUACUUUGGGCUUACAUGGUUCAUACGCCCUAAAACUACAGAAAUGGGGCUGUUUGGAUAUGCUCAUAAGACUAUCAAGCAAACAAGCACCAGUCAAGCCUUGCAUUUAGUCUCUGGAACCAAAACAUCCAAGUAUGAAUCAUGAGACAUCAGGCCUCCGCCACCACCUUAAGAAACCGUGCUACAGAGGAUCAACAGUAUGUGGCGUUACAGAUAGCCUAUAUACCCCCACACCCCUAACCCCUCUUCCUGGUAUGGUGAAAGUGGACUUCUUCUACUAACUGAACUUGCACUUAGCUGACGGUUUUCCUGGGUGUGCAGUGCGGAACGUGGACCUUUUGUAGUGCAGUGUUGUGGCGGCAUGGGGAGAAACGGGGCUCCCAUGUUAAGUGCCUUCCUAUAAAACAAUAUUCCUGUGACUGUGCCAACAGAUGAGCCCGUGUACUUCUGCAGUGCGUCUUAAUGGCAAUCAUAGAACCCUUAUCCGCAUUUCUCCUGUUUUUCAGAUAACAUUAGUGUUUGUUCGAUUCCCAAUCGGGAGUCAAAGUGAACAGAGCCUCUUCCCUGUUUAUUUUCUCCCCCUUGUUUUAAGGUUCUGUGGCGGUUGGGACAUUCAGCUCAACAACAGGCCGAAUGCUUCAGAUCUGUCCUUUUUAUUCUUCUGGUGGUAUUAGUGGGCCACAAAGUAUGAACCCUCGACAACCACAUGACGAUUUUUGAUUCACUGUAUGGCAAGCCAUGUCUGUGUUUUAACGUUUUUAUUUUCAAUAAUGUGACAUUUUGACCUUUUAUUGUGAAUUUAUUUCUUGGGAGGGGGGGGAGAAAUUCUUUAUCAUUCACCGAUCAGGUUUCAAAGACAUUUAAUACAAAAACAUUUUAUGUAACUUUUGUGUGCUGUGCUUAUUUCUGUAGGGAGGUUACUCACUUCUCGUAAUUAUUCUGUACUAUUUUGUUCUUUUAAGUUGGACUCUCAUUUGGAAUGGUAUGAUCCGGUUAUCAAAUUAAAUGGCCCAAGAAACUGUUUUUACUGAAAUUCACCCAACAAAUUGUUGAAUUUAUUCAUGGGCCUGACUUUCUAUCUACAACAUACCAGAGUGUUUUAACUGUCCAUCCCUCAAAUAUAGUGAGGAUAACCAUAGUGUUUUGAAAGGUGUUAGCUGAUAUCAGCAGAGGCUUUCAGAGUACCAUCCUUCACUUACUCCUCCUGAGUACGCAGUUAUACGCUAAUCCUCAGAUACCAAAAGAGUUUGCAUAUUCAGUCAACCAAAAGGUCUUUGCCUUUUUCAAACGGUUUCCUUGUUCCCCCAGAAAUGAUCAGUUGCGUGUAGCUUUCAAAUGCACACAUGUUUACUAGACCCACUCCGGGCAGCGAAUGGUAACCGAGCCAGGGCUGUUGGUCCAGUUGUUUGGGUAGCUGGGCAGGGUUUCUCCCAUCUGUGUGCUUUUGGGGAGAGACACUCCCCACCCCCACCCCCUGCCCACCGCAUGUUUCAGAGCCCGUGGACCGGCGGACAGAGGGAGGCUUUCUGUGUCAGCGGGCAGACUCGCUCGGCAAAACACACACGGCCAUUUGUUAAGCCGCUCCUUAUCCCGGCCAAUGGGCUUCAAGGGUCUGAAGGGUCCGCUCACCACGCAUAGGGCCUGGG